CGCGCUGCGUCACUAGCCGGGCGCCGGGGACCGGCAAGCGGGACGGAGCCGGGCCAGCGACGAGGGAAGCUACUAUGGCUGCUACAGUGAACCUGGAACUUGAUCCCAUCUUUUUGAAAGCCCUGGGCUUCCUGCAUUCAAAGAGUAAGGAUUCUGCUGAAAAGCUAAAAGCUCUGCUUGAUGAGUCUUUGGCCAGAGGAAUUGAUUCAAGCUAUCGUCCUUCACAAAAGGAAGUAGAGCAACCCAAAGUGUCUAUUACCAAGCCAAUUUCCAGUAAGCAGGAGCCUAAAGCUUCGUCCAGUCUGCCUUCAGGCAACAAUAAUGGCAAGCCCAUCACAACAGAAAAGGUGAAAAAAGAAACAGAGAAGAGGACUGCUGAUAAAAUGAAAGUGGAAAUUGGUGAAGGAGUUGAUGUUCCAAAGAAACCCAGGCUAGAGAAGCAAGAGACUCGUUCGUCCCCUAUCACAGUCCAGACUAGCAAGGAUUUAUCCAUGCCUGAUCUGUCUAGUUUUGAUGAAACCAGUGCUGAUGAUUUUGCCAUGGAAAUGGGCUUAGCCUGCGUUGUUUGCCGGCAAAUGACAGUUACUUCUGGAAAUCAGUUAGUAGAGUGUCAGGAGUGCCAUAAUCUCUACCACCAGGAUUGUCAUAAACCUCAGGUGACAGACAAAGAAGUCAAUGAUCCUCGCCUAGUGUGGUAUUGUGCCCGCUGUACCAGGCAGAUGAAGAGAAUGGCUCAAAAGACUCAGAAACCACCUCAGAAACCAGCUCCUGCAGUAGUUUCAGUAGCACCAACUGUGAAAGAUCCAUUGGUAAAGAAACCUGAAAUUAAGCUCAAGCUGGAUACCCCAACAACUUUCCUAGCAUUCAAGAGGACAGAAGUCAAGACCACAGCAGCAAUUUCGGGGAACUCAACCAGUACCAGUGUUUCCUCUUCAGCAACCAGUGGCCUUACUGGAUGGGCGGCUUUUGCAGCCAAAACCUCCUCCACCGGUCCAUCAACCACCAAACUGGGAUCAACAGCACAGAGUACCAGCGGAAAACCUGCAGCCUCCUCUAAUAACCAGAAACCUGUGGGUUUGUCAGGGUUAACAACAUCUAAAACAGGACUAGGGUCAAAAAUAGCUUCCAGUAACAACAACACAAACCCUGUUCAACUAAAACCUCUUCCACCUCUGACCUUGGGGAAAACAGGUCUGAGUCGUUCAGUGAGCAGUGACAAUGUCAGCAAAGUUGGUCUUCCUAGUCCUAGCAGCACGGCCCCAGGCAGCAGCAGCCAGGUGAAUAGUGGGAAUGGAAGCAGUAGCACAACAGGUAACAGUGGGAGCAGCACCAGCAAAUCAAGUGCAGAUUCUGGCAAUCAGUCACUGUCCCUAAAGGGCCCUACUUCUCAGGAAUCACAGCUCAAUGCUAUGAAAAGGUUACAAAUGGUCAAGAAGAAGGCUGCCCAAAAGAAACUGAAGAAGUAAUAGAGCUGUCUGUUAAUCUUGUUUCUGUGUUUCUUCAAAACAAAGAUAUGUGUGAAGUAUAACAUAAUUCAUUUAAUAAAUAUCCAUGCAGCUA